CCAUUUAAUAACAUAACAGGGUCAUCGGUGAACAAAACAUUGCAAAUAAAUCAAUUAAAAUUCUUGUAUCUUUACACUGAUGAAGACAUUUGUUUUUUAACAUCCAAUAUUUUGCUCAAAAUCUAAGGAUAAUCGAUAUGUUUCGAAGCCGUUCUGGUUCCUGGUUCGGCGGGAGUGGAUCGAAGCCCAAAAAUCCACAUUCACUGGAACACCUGAAAUACCUCUAUAAUGUCAUGAUUAAGAACCAAACAGUAAGUGAAAGUAACAGAAGUUUGCUGGUUGAAAGUUUAAGAUCAAUUACGGAAAUCUUGAUCUGGGGAGACCAAAAUGACAGCUCAGUGUUUGAUUUUUUUUUGGAGAAAAAUAUGCUAUCCUUUUUCUUGAGAAUAAUGAAACAAAAAUGUGGAUCAUUUGUUUGUGUCCAGCUUUUGCAAACGUUGAAUAUUUUAUUUGAGAAUAUCCGCAUCGAAACAUCCUUGUAUUAUUUGUUAUCAAAUAAUCAUGUCAACUGCAUCAUAGUGCACAAGUUUGAUUUCUCUGAUGAGGAAGUGAUGGCUUAUUACAUAUCUUUUCUGAAGACAUUGUCUCUGAAAUUGAAUGUUCACACUAUUCACUUCUUUUUUAAUGAGAACACAAAUGAUUUUCCACUUUACACGGAAGCCAUAAAGUUUUUCAACCAUUCGGAGAGCAUGGUACGGAUCGCUGUUCGGACACUAACGCUGAACGUCUAUAAGGUUGGAGAUGAAGCAAUGCUCAAUUUUAUCCGCGAUCGAACGGCUGCCCCUUAUUUUUCAAAUUUGGUUUGGUUUAUUGGGAAUCAUAUUGUGGAACUGGACAAUUGCGUUCGUGCUGAUGCUGAUCACCAAAGCCGAGGUCGACUUUCAGAUUUAGUGGCUGAACACCUAGACCACAUACAUUACGUAAACGAUAUUCUUUGUCUCUCGAUUGACAAUUUAAACGAAGUUCUGGUUGAACAGCUCUUCCAACGCCUUUUACUCCCCCUGUACAUCAACUCGCUCAAUAAAGGACAAGUUCAAACAAAAAGUGGAGACCGUCCAAUGGUUAGCCGAGUCGUUUCCCUCUUUCUUCUGAGCCAGAUUUUCCUCAUCAUUCAUCACAAGCCUUUAGUAGUCACCAUUCUUAAGUUACUCAUCAAUUUCGAAGGAAACCAGAUUAUGCCAAGCGGCUUUAAUCAUGAAAGCUCCGUAGCCAUCGAAGAUAAUAUCACUGAUGAAGAAAAAGAGCAGCGGAUAUCAUCUUCCACAGCUGUUAGCUCCAACAGCACAAGUAACUUGACUUCUCAUUUGGAAACAAUUCUGGACUGCCUCGAUCCGGCUGAAAAUGAUUAUGAGGCUCUUUUUGGACUCAGUCUUCUCUACGCCAUGGGACAAAACAGAGGUGUCAAUGAAGAUCAACCUUUUUGGAAUACGACUGAAUGGAAGUCGAUUCUGAUUGCGAAACUUAUGCUAUUACUGACAUCUGCCUGUCAGAUGACGAGCAAGAUUCGUCCAGUUGCUGUUGAUCUUGCUAUCAACUUGCUCAUUGCAGUGGCUAUACCGAAUCCACCGAAUCACCACGAACUGGAUGACAAGAACCUUGCUGUCUUGGAACAGGCUAAAGAAGAAAGCAUCAUGGUGGCUCGUACCUUUUUCAAGUCGGAAGAUAUGUUUCUCGAAUUGUUUGAAGCAGAGGUCAAUGAGAUUAUCAAGCGUCCGUUGCAGGUUGAGUACCUUCUGCAAGAUUCGUCCAUCCUACUUCCUCCUACUGGAACACCGAUGACUGGUAUCGAAUUUACAAAGCGUCUCCCAUGCGGAGAAGUCGAAAGGGCCCGUCGAGCCAUAAGAGUGUUUGUGCUGAUGCGACGCUUAAGUCUAGCGAUCAGUGAGGAAGUCGAAACACAACUUCCUCUAGUCUGUGUGCAGCAGUGUAUUAAAAUAUCUGAUAUUCUUGAUUUGAGUGAGAUGACACUUCAUGGUCUUACGGUUUUAAGAUACCCUACUAGCGGCUUCUAUUUGUUUUAUUUAGACAACUCGGAUUUAAUUGCGUGCACCGUGGUUAACAGAGAGGGUACGAGGCUGCGGCGAUUCUUAGUUAUUGACCCUAUCCAGUUGAUUCUAGUUGAACCUGAUUCUAGACGACUUGGUUGGGGAGUAGCCAAGUUUGUUGGUUUCUUACAGGAUGUUGAAGUGACCGGAGAUAAAGAUGAUUCGCGUUGUUUGCAUGUGACCGUCCAUAAUUCCCCGACGUCGACGACGUUUCUUUCGGAUCGAAGUCCUGCACACAGAUUGCCACAGUUAGCAGCCCGGUUUGUCUUCGACGACCAUAUCAGAUGUAUGGCUGCCAAACAAAGAUUAAGUAAAGGUAGAAUCAAAGCUCGACAGAGAAAAAUGCAUUUGAUCGGCAAAAUACUGGAUGUGAAUACCUCUACUCCGUCCUCGCCACCGCCUGGAACGUUACAUGCUUUGCGACAGGAUUCGAUUGCCCGAAAUGCUAUUUUGGGUCGUGGGGUGCCUGGUAAUCUAGGACUCUCAUCUGCCGGAACUGCCUUCCCUUCCCCCUUUGGCAUAAGACCAAUCGGUUUCCGCCGUGCUCCUGGUCUAGCCGUAACAGGUAGAUCAGAUACACCCGUCCGACCACGGUCUUCCUCUGCUCACCCCACUGUUCAGAGAGAAAAUGGAAAUAAGGAAGCCAUACCCCUCACGGAGCUCUCUACUUCAGCGGACCAUUCUCAAAACAGUAAUCAACAAGAUUCUUCUGCGGGCCAAGCUGCAAAUCUGUAGAUUACUAAUU